GUGUUAUUCCUUGGAAACUACAGCUCCCAGACUUCUCCUGGAUUACCGUCACCUGUGUGCGCGCUGGCCGCGCCCAGGAAUAAUAUUGGUGCCGUCGACUCGGGGACUACUUCGUGCCGGAUUCUCCACCCGAGGUCCGGGCUCCGGGCCUCUGGCGCCUCCCGGAGUCCGGGACCUCACGCCGGACACAAAGUCAGAACCGGGACCCGCAACCACCACCGCUCACCACGGCCAUCUCCAACUGACUCGUGAGUUUACCCCCGCGGGCUUCUCCUUCCUUGGUACGCCUGGGGACGGCCGGCCAGCUUCCCCUGGCAAAUCCGAAUUGGAGUUGUCCCUCCCCCCCCUCCCUUCUCCUGGUCUUCUGCCCCUGGCGGAUUUGGUUCCGACGCCACUGAGAGUUUGGUGCUCUCAGCCGUUCUCUCCAGGGUUUGGUGCCCUGGCCUUUUUUUUCCUUCUGUCUUCCUUCCUCUCUUUCACAUCUUGGGCCCGCUAACGGACCCUUCCAGCUGUACGAUCAGCCCCAAAUCGGCGCUCAGCCCCAAAUCGGCGUAACUGUCUCCUUCCGGCCAGGUUUGAUUCCCGUCGGUUGCCGCCACUUACUGGCUCCUCCCGGCCAGGUUUCUUCCCUGUCGGUUGUCGGAUUCGGGACAGUUAGUCUGCCACCCGCGGCCUUCUGAUUUCUUGGGACGCCAGUAAUCGGAACUGCCGUUUUCUUGGCACCUCUGUGUGCCUCUGGCUGUUGGCACCAUUAUUCCGUCAUGGGUUCAAAGCCAUCCAAGACAAUUCCUCCUGGUUCACCUCUGGGUCAACUCCUGGAGUCUCUAAAACCCCACGCCCUCAUUCCGUCCAUUAAAAUGGAUAAACUCGUCCGUCUUUGCUCCAAGACGUGGCCCCGUCAUAAAUUGGAGGGCAAUCUCCGCUGGCCUCUUCAGGGCUUAUUUGACCCCGAUGUCUUACGUGAGUUAGCUAAUUUUUGUCAUCGCUCAACAAAAUGGAAAGAGUUAAUGUAUAUUAUGGGAUUUUUUUACAUGGCUCUAAAGACUGAUCCGUCUACAGUUUCUCACUGCUCACCCGCUCACAUGUUCCUGGCACUGUCCUCACAAGAUCCUCCUUCCCAACAGGUACUCUCUUCUCUGGCUACCGCCAUGGACCCGGCGGACGAGCCUCCUCCCCCCAGGCCUCGUGGGACCGCCCCUUCCCGCCCCCCUCGGCCGCACGACAUCUUACCCGCCCCUCUUCCUUCUACAGAUCCUAAGUCUUCACCCCGCGCACCCCGUUCUAACAUUUCCAGGUCCUCAUCUCGUUCCCCGCCGAUGCGCAGACAUUUUAACAUUUCUGCCUGCAGGUCCCCCUCUCGUUCCCCUUCUCCGCACAGACAUUUUCCCAGGUCCAGGUCUCUUUCCCCGAGGAGCUUCCGCUGCUUCCGCUCUCGCCGCCGUACUGGUUCUUUGUCCAGUUCCAACCCACCCUCACCUCACUCUUCCCGCAGGCGCAACUGUACCCACGAACGGCUAACAGUUUCUUUCGGCCACAGACAGCAGGAAGGACUUUCAGACUCAUCCCAGUCUCCUUCCCCCCCUGCUGGUCCCUCCUCCUCGCGGCGCAAACCGCCCUCAGGCACUAAAUCCACCCGCAGUCUGGCUCCGACCUUCACCCCGCCCCUCACUCGUUCGCAGAGGGGACUGACCCAGGUCAAAUUAAGCCAGCUACAGUUCUGCCCUUGAGGGAGGUGGCCAGCACGGAAGGUCUAAUAAAGGUUCAUGUACCAUUUGCCUUA